UGCCGGGCGCCCAUUGGCCGCGCCGAUGCCCCGCCCAGACGGCCCCCGGACACCCCCCCGCGCCCCCCCCCGCGGCGUCGCCCGUAGCGACGGGGUCUCCCGCGCGGCGCCCGAGGGGUCAGCCCCGGCCUGGCCGGCGGGCAUGCGGAGCGCGGGCGCGGCCGGGAGGAAGCAGCGGGCGGCACCGGCCCUCCUCGCCCCCGCCGGGCGGCGCCAUGUCCCUGCUCUGCGUCCGCGUGAAGAAAGCAAAGCUCCAGGGACCCCCAGAUAAAUUCAACACUUACGUAACACUGAAGGUGCAAAAUGUCAAGAGCACAACGGUUGCUGUUCGUGGGGCCCAGCCGUCUUGGGAGCAGGAUUUUCUCUUCGAGAUCAGCCGCCUGGACCUAGGCCUGAUUGUGGAAGUGUGGAACAAAGGGCUGAUCUGGGACACCAUGGUGGGCACGGCCUGGAUUGCCCUGGAGACCGUCCGGCAGUCGGAUGAGGAAGGCCCCGGGGAGUGGUCCACCCUGGAGGCCGAGGUUCUGAUGGACGGCCAGGAGGUCUGCGGCACCAAAAACCCAACACCGCACAAGAUCUUGCUGGACACAAGAUUCGAGUUGCCUUUUGACAUUCCUGAGGAAGAAGCCAAAUACUGGACCAAGAAGCUGAAGCAGAUGAACUCGCUGGAGGAAGAGGAAGAGGAAGAGCCGUCUCCCACGGAAGAUGACCAGCAGCAGCUGAUGCCCCCUGCAGCCUCCCAGUGUUGCACCUGGAGCUAUUUCAGCUGGGAAGAUCAGACUUCGGAAGGCCACGAGAGCGCCGUGGACGACCGGGACAGCGACUACCGCAGCGAAACCAGCGCCAGCCUCCCCGCUGCCUUCUGCACCACCUCCCAGCCCAGCGCUUCGGCCCACCAGUUCCGGGGGGCUUCCCGUCUGCAGCAGCAGGGGGUCUGCGUGGAGCCCCUCCGGGGGUACGCCUCGGACGAGCGGACUGGCAUGAGAAGAAACGGCAGCGUAGACUCGACUGGGAGUGGCCGGACUGACCUGGAAUCCGGAUCGCAUUCCAGCCAAGUGACCAGUCGCCAGCUGUCCCUAGAAAGCCGGCACUCCUUGGAGUUGUCGGAUAGUUGUUUAUUUUUAUUCAUAAAGUUUACGUAUUUAUUCUUUGUGAAAUUCCUUUAUAAAAGUUAUGUUAAAUUCUUUCUCCAUCUUUCUUGCCUUUCCUCCCUCCCCCUCUUUUUUUCUUCCCCUUUUUCCAUUACCAGUCAAGGAUCUUUAAUUAGCAGUGGGAAAGUCAGGAUUAUUCCUUUUGACCACGAUCUUGACCAAGAAGAGCCUGUUGAGGACUAUGACGAACUAGGCAAACAGCUAAUAGAAGAUUUUUUAGAAAAAAGGGCUAGGAAUUGGCAGGAGGUAAAGAGGCCUCGAUUCUCCAAACAGGGCAAUGGUAGCCCUCUGAAAAAUUCCACGUCCUCUCAUAAAGUUUGUGUGGAAUUAGCACGCCCGGAGGCCCUGUCGUAUCCAGCGGAAUACGAUACUAUAGACAGGAGAAGGAAAAAGAAACGGAGAGAUAAUACAGAGUGUGAAUGGAGAAGGUCUCAAAUCAACGGGAGGUUGAGAAUUCCCCACAAAACCAUUAUUUCUGGAAGCAGCAGGAGAAUAAGAACCGAACGUAACGCUAGUUAUGAUGAUGCUGAUCUUUAUAGCCGCCACAGCCCCCAGGAAGUUGGGGCUCAGCAGCCCAGAUGUUGGGAUUUGCUUCCAUACAGGAACACCCUCCUGGUCCAAAGCGGCUGGUUCUCUGACAGCCCAGAGAGAAACUGCGACCCUCAACCAGGCCAUUUUGGGGGUGAAGGUCAGCUGCACCCAGAAAAAGCAGCCGGUUGUUUCCCGCCGUCCGGAAUUCUUGAGGAACUGGAAGGCAGCAGCUGGCCUGAAGAUCAUGGGGGCUCUCCUGCUUCAGAUGAGGAAGGAAAGGGGGAAGUGGCCCACGGCUGGUAUGAGCCCACGCGUGGCUCUCUCAAGGAACAUGUGGCCUUCCUGCCUGUCCAAGCACCGCCAGAGGGAGACCUCAGUGCGGUGGACGAGCUGCAGUGCUUGGUGGAGACGGUGUCCGAAUACCUGGCCGAAAAGGAGGAAGAGAUUAGCAGCUGGGAAGCCCUUCCGAAGCAGGAAAGCAGAAACCACGGCCUCCCCAUCCAGGUGGCGGAGGAGGCAGUCCAGGCAGAGCAGGCCAAGGCAGCCCCUGCUGCGGUGGAGGAGGAGAAGGAGAAGAGCAACGGCCGAGGAGAGGCCUUAUCGGACAUUCUGGGGGUAAAAGAAACAGCUCAGUCCUUCUUCAGCUUCCUUACUGAGAAAGUGAGCUCUGGAAAGACGCUCCUCACGUCAUCCGUGGAGAAGUUUGUAUCUUCAGCGGCUGAAACGGCAGAUGUCCCCGCGAGGGACUCGUCCAGCCAGUCUCAUCCGGACAUGGAAGUGGAAAGCAGGCCUGAUCUCCGCUUGCCUGAAGAAGGGCCAGCUUCCGAUCAGAGCCGGGCAAAAGUGGCUGGUGCUGCCAGUGUGAGUCUCCCAGAAGCCUGUGACAGGAAUGACAAGGUCUGUCCGCCACCCCCAGCCCUCGAUCAUCCUGCAGACGCUGCCGAGGGCCAGUCAUCUGCCUUUCAGAAGACAAGUGUGGCUGUGAAUUCUCUCUUGGGUAUGUUCAGUUCUUUAAAAACCUUGACAGAAAAGAAGGAGCCAAAGAAAGAGACCAUGAAAGAGGAAGCCCCUGUAGCAGUCGAACCCUUGCUCAUCAGUGGAGCUGAGGCCAGAGAGAAGCGUGGAGAAGACAGCACACAACCCAGAAGCUCCUCCCUGGAAACAGGGAAGGGGGAACCAACAGCUGGCCCCACCGGGGGUCCGGCACCCUCUGUCUCCAGCUCCUCUGCUGACAUUAGCCUGAAAGUGGGUUUUUAUGGCGUGGCUGUUCCCGGGAGGCCAGCGGAGCCUCCCGAAGUCCCCUGCCCCUCAGUGCAGCCAGACAAGGCAGAUCGGGAAAUCCUUGCGGAGCCUUUAGCAACUCAGCCUCCUGAAGACAAGCCACAGGAAGGGCCGAAGGAGGGCAUCCCCCAACUUUCAGAACAAAGAGAAUCUCCCAUCAGUUUUUUUAGUCCUCUUAAAAAAUGCUUCAGCCUCUUGCCCCUUUCCAUUCCCGCUGACCCUCCGGCCAACGAGACAUCCUUGGAUGUGGGGAAACAGUGCAAGUCCGAAGACGAUGUCAGAAAAGCCAGUUCCUCCAGGAGCAAAGCUGCCUCCUUCCCGUUCCCUGAGAAGCUGCAGGUUUCCUUCCUGAGCAGCUUCAGCUUAUCAGACAAACCGCAGGAGAAUAAGGAAAAAACAGGAUUCUUCUCUUCGUUUCUGAAAAUUGCUUCAGCUGAAAACCCUGAGGCCCCCAAAGAGGGACAUUUGGGAAGCAGUUCAGAGGGUCUCCAGACUUCCUCCUCAAAGCCUCCACCAGAGAAUAAAGAGGAGUUGAAGGGGAAACCGGAAACUGGCCCUUUGGGACCAGAAAGUGGCCCUCGAGAGAAGGUGGCUGCUGACACAUCAGGGAGUGCCGAGAAUGGCAGGCGUGGCCACAGUGACCCAAGCAAUAAUGAUUUAAAUGGUGUUGCAGGCAGAGAAGCAGCAGCAGCAGCAGCCACGGCCACCGCCCAAGGUCGAUCCAGCCUGGAUCCGGCAAGGGAAGACUCAGAGGCGGCUAGUGGAGUCGGAAGGACUAAGAUUCUGGGUGAUGCCCAGGAGGGUUUCCUUUCUGGAUUUUUCCGCUCUCCUCUGGCUGGCAGUUUCUCCUCCAAGGAAGGACAAGAGGCUCAAGACAGCACAGCUGGCCAGAAGGACCAUUCAGCUGGCUUGCUUUCUGGAUUAUUUAGAUUCCGUUCAGGUGAAAACCUGUCUCCGGGUAAGGUGGACAAGCCAAAUCUGAGCUUUCUGGGUGGUUUGGGGCAGAUCUUUGAAAAGAAUGUGGAGGAGACUAAUUCCAAAGAGGGGGAUUCUCAAAUGGCACCUCAAACUCAAGAAGGCACCAAGGACCAAGAGGGUGCAGGCAGCUUCCUAAGGAAUCUCUUACACCAGGCGAAAGAGAAGGUAGAAGAGAGAGUGGCCCAAGCUCCCAAGAUGGAGGCUGGGUUGCCUAGCACAGGCAAGGAAUCUGUUGCCCUCCAGGCAGGAUCCGCCUCUCUGAACAGUUCCCAGAAGAAGGCAUACUUAUCAGCAAAGCCAGCCCUUUCUAGAAAAAAUACAGAACUUCAUAUUCAUCCAGGGAUUCCCCAUGAAAAUGUAGAUGGACUUCUCAGAUGUUCCUCACAGAAUGCCAACUUGCUCAACUGGUCAGGAGAACCUCCUGCUUCUGAGGAAAUCAGGAGUGGCUCUCCCUUGGAGAAUGACUAUGACCCCAGGAGUUGUCCAGCAAAGACGGUUCAGACGUCCAUCCCUCUUUAUUACGUCUUAAACCAGAAUCCCGUCUCCUGGGAUGAGGUCCUGACCUGGUCAGAAUCUAGCAACACAAUAAUGAAUUUGUGUAAAAGGGAUGGGAAUGCCAAUCCAGUGGAUUGGCGAUCAAGUGAGAAUUUUGAUCCUGCAAUGACCGAUUUUAAUGCUGUGUCGUUUAGAUCAUCUGACUUUUGUCUGGGGGAAAAUGAAAUGUGGGCAACUCCUUAUCUGAAUGGAAGUCUUUCUCCACACAAGUUCAACUGCAUUUUGGAAGACGGGCCGAUAGAUUUAAGUUAUUCAUCUGCUUAUGGCGCUAACGUGUGGACCCUAAUUGAUCAGGAGCCCCUGAAUGUGGAGGACCCUUGGCUGGCGCCCUUUCAGGAGCCCCUGGAUUGGCUGAUGCCUCUGCUGCAGGGAGUGUGGUGGCCGUCAGAAGACGGUGAUUAUGGUUAUUACAUAUACACUGACGGCCAGUAUGUUUAUUCUCUACUCACUGAUUCUACUGGGCAGUAUAUUUACAUCUGCACUUCCGACAUUUACCCUCAUCCAGACAGCUGGGAGGACUGUGACCUCAAGGGCUCUUUGCAAAGGGUUGUGAUGGACGGGGACUUGGUUUCCAUUUGUGGCUUCAAAGUGCCUCUUGAAGAUGAGUUAUUCUGGUCAGCUGAAGAGGAAGAGUGGGAUGAUUAUUUUGUAAACAAGCCUCUUGAUUUGUCUGUAGCUUUUCAAAGAAGGGACAAGUUUAUGAACGUAGAGACCUUUUCUCAAAUGUUUGAGGAAUCUACUUACCAUCAGAAAGAGAAGCCUUUAGACUUCUCAGGGUACAGGCUUCUGAAACCCAAUAAGGUGGGCUUUAGGCCUGAGGAGAAGAGGGAAGGGUCUGUAGAAGAUGCGCCCUUUGACCUCCGGGCACAUUUCAGGGUGGCUUCUGGCGGGGGGCUGAAGGAGGAAUUCCAACUCAAGUCACUGGAUGUGGCCCCUAGGACUAGCAUUUCUGAAAGCCAGCAAACCAAACCUUCUGGCUUUCAAAUCUUUAGAGCUGCCACCAAGUCUGAUCUCCCACCAGUGUCUCUUGCAGAAGCACAAACGGCCGAAGAAGAGAAAAAGACCACAAGCAACAGGGUCUCCUCUUGGCUUUCUGCCUUGGGUGGGUUGAUGGGUCAGGGCUCAGGGAAGGACGAGAUGCUGGAGGAUGUGGCAGAGAAGGAUCAGGGCCCACAGUCAAGGUUUCCUGCCAUGCCUGGAACACCACCCAGGAAGAAGGGAGAACCUCAGCCGGAACCCCUGCCUGUUCCCACUGCACGAGAAGAGGUUGCAGUCGCUCCAUCUCCCACCCAGAACAGGGCUCCCCUGCGCAGAUCCGCCUCUCAGUUCAGCCAGGGUCUCACUUCCAACACAUUCGCCCAGCCAGACAACAAUGCUAAGGUAGCUCCAGGGUCUCUGGGAGAGCCUGAAAAUAGUUGGCCAGUUCUUAGCCAAAUAGCUGCUAAGGCCAAGGAGACUCUUUCUAAGAGUGACUUCAAGACAAGUAGCCCCAGAGAAGACCCACUGGUCGCUGAAGAAUCAGGAUUCCUCGGUUUCUUUAAAAUGCAGGGAAGCAAGCCUCCAUCGCAACCUUUGCCAACCUCUCAGCCCCAUCAGGUGAAAAACGGAACCCAGAGCCAGGCAGAGUUCCCAGGGGCUCCGUCCUCCUUCUUUGGCUCGAUCAAAGACUUUUUUACCAAGGAGCCAGCCCCCUCCCCAUCUGACACCACCGUCCCACCACUGAGCAACGGGCAAAUAUCCCAGGAACUUGUUCAGGAACCCAGUAAGAAUCCUGCUUCUGAGGUGGGUGUCUUUUCAGAGCCACCUGGGACAGGUAUGAUCAAGAAGGACCUCUUCCCUAAGGAAGAGCCCCAGAAAAAGGCCGGAGAGGAAACGACCAGUGUCAAGAAAGCGCCUCCUGCAAAGGCUGAGCAGGCAGCUAACUCACACGCAAGUCCAGGGUUGGGGAAGCCCAGUCCACCCCCAGAAGAGGGAGGCCUGCUCAGAAGCCUUUCUGGGUUGCUGGGAGACUCGGCAGCAAGGAAGUCCAGUUCCCUGAGCACCAGCUGGUCUUCCUUGAUGGACAAAGGGCAGCAGGGAGUCUUGCCUGGUAAGGUCCAGCCAGAGAAGGCCAGGGAGCCACCCGAGGAACCUGGGUUCAGACUCCCCUUUGGCUUGUCCCAAGCUGCGCCUCCAAAGUCUCAGGAAACAACCGGCAGCUGGGAUAUCUUCUCUCUUUUCCCUGCCUCCAAGAAAGCCCCGACCCCAGCCCCAGCCCCUGCGCCCUCUCAGACAGCCAGAGGUCCAGAGACAGAAGGCGUGUUCAAGAUCCCCUUCACUGCCAAGAAAGGGCUUCCAGACAGUUCCAGCUUCAGCUUCUUCAGUUGGACCUCCUUCCGCCCUGAAGAACCACCGUCUGCUCCUGACAAAGGUCACCUCGCCAAGCCACCUCCAUUGCAAGAGAAGGAGGAACCACUCCUGAGGCAAUCUGUUUCUGCUGAUGCUGCCGUUGGGACGGCCAGGAAACCAGCUGUGCAGGAGAAGGGGUCCAUCUCUGGGGUUAGAGAUGCUGUGUUGGGCAAGCAGGAAGCUUGCAGCUUGCAGAACGGGGCGAGUGACGCCAGUGCCCUGGUGGCCGAGAAAGCCGGAGAACAUGCCUCGGGAGAGCGGCUUACGGCCAGGCCAGCUCUCAGUGAUGCAAAGGAGGAAGACCAGCUGGUACAGCCUGGCCCUGCCCGCGAAGGUCCUGUAGUCCCAGAGGAGGAUGGGACUUUCUCCCCUACAGAAAUCCCAGAGGUUCUGGAGCAGCUGCCCCAGAGCCCAACUGAGCGGGAUGGGACGAGGGUGUGCUGGUCUGAGAAGGAAGCUGCUCCUUUUCCAGACGGGAAUGAAGCUUUUGAAAACACCAAAUAUCCUGGUUCCUCUUCUGAUCAGACCUCUAUGGCCCAGAGGAGAGCUGCUGUCCAAGACUCAGGCCAGGAGGUGGUGCUGGAGCCCGUGCAAGGAUUUGGCCUUCCUUCCCAUGCUGGAGCCCAGCAGGCUCAGGGCCAGGAGCCUCUCCCCAAGGUCCCACUGGUGGAGCUGGAUAAGCUGAAGAUGCCUGAAGAAGCUACAAGCAACAAGUCUGUUCUAGAUUCCUCAAUGGAGAAGUUUUCAAGCUUCUUCACCAAAAUCAAACCCACUAAAACUUUCUCUGACUUUUUAGGCAGCCCACUCCACGUUCCAGAUGCCCCCAGUGUGCAGAAGAAGAGCGCCUCCUUUUUUGGCAGCGCAUUUCAGGCAGGUGGGCCUCCCUCAACAUUCACAGGCGGCCUCUUUGGCUUCUCCAAAGGAGCAACGGAACAGCCUCCUUCAACGCCCUCAAAACCUCCGAGAGAAGCUACGGACUCACUUCCAGGGAAGGAUCCUCUCAUCACCCAAGAAAGCAAGGCAGAUAGAGAGGAGGGCUCAGAAGUAAGCAGCUCAGGAAAACAGCAAAUCGAGAGCCCGGGAGGUGUGCUGCUGGAGACUGAGGCCAGAAGCCUCUUGAAGGAAGAUGCUCCGUUGAACCUGGCAGGAGAAACUCUCCAAAUGGACCUGGAAACGGGAGCCAACCAAAAGCUGGACAUUUGCCAAGAGCCUGAGCCAAACGCUCUAGAUACCUGGACCUCAGAGAAGAGCCAAGGCCCUGAAAGGGGGCAAGUGGACUUCCUAACUUCGGAUGAAAUGAGGGAUGCCGAUAUGUGCGGUCAAGAUCUCAACCAGGUGGUUGUGGCAGAAUCCGCUGCGAUGCUGGAUGAGACCAAAGCAGAGACAUUGGAAGAGGAGGCCGGCACUGCUACGCAAAAGCAACUGGAUCUGGAAUCCCAAACUGGCCAGGAGGGUUGGGAAAACACGCCUGAGUUGGAAGCCAAGACAGAUGACGUUGCUAUGUCUGAACACGCAGCCACAAAGGCACAAGCUGAUAUUUGUCCACCAAACAGAGGGGAGAGCCUGGGAGUGGAAGCCGGAACAGUUCUCAGCGAGACCCCUGAUUUGCACCAUAAAGGUGUGGACAGUGCCCAUGACACGAAAUGUGUCCCUGUUGAGGAGAAGGGGGUUUCAGCCACUAGUGAGAAACAUCCGGACGUUGAGGCCUUGGGGAGCACCUCGGAUAACGGGCCUGCCGGUCCUUCUGCUGCAGAGGCCAUCAGCGCCUCAUCUGUAUUUGAGAUGUUAAGUAAGCCCCCUUGGCCCAAGUUCAGCUUUGGGUCUUCAACCAGCAGCACCAAACCGAUGGGCUCCUUCUUCUCACCGGCAGCUGGCAAGACCGGUGCUGAGCCUGGUCUCGGGUCCGGCUUGAGCAGCGUCUCUUCCGUUCUGUUUGGUGGAGGAAGCAAUGAGAAGGUGGAGAAAAGCGGGAGCCUCCAAGAGACGGUGUUUGGGCGGAAGCUGGACUUCUCCCUGCCUUGGCAGAAAGGCCCCAAAGAAAAGGAGAUGCAGAAGGAACCACUGAAGCCUUCCUCCAAGCAGGAAGCCCCAUCAGAUGGUCCCUCCAGUCUGCAGCCCUGGUGCGGCCCUGAGCAGGCAUCGAUGGGGCAUCCAGUCCCCGAGUCCAGCCUUCCAUCCGUGGAGAUGGACAGCUCAGGCGAGAAGUUCUUAGAGCCUGGCCAAGGCCUGGAGGUUGGAGGUCGAGAGCAGGAAGAUGGCCUGAGAGCUGUUCCCAGUGGCCCUCCUGCCCCGACCGUGGGAGAAGAAGAAGCAGCCUCCAUUCCUGGUCAAGCAGAGCAGGAGGACAGCGUCACUUGCCCAGAGAAGGGGCCCCAUGUUGCUGGGCCACGGCUGGUGGAGAAGAGCAGCCCACGACCCCCCCUCCAGCACAGUCCUGCCAGCAGUGGCAAGUUUGGCUCCUCCUGCAACAUCAGUUCGGGCAGCUCUCAGCUGAGCGAGGCAGAGCAGGGCAGCCCCCCCAGCUCAGAGCACGAGGAGGAACUCCCAGAAGUGGGCUCUGUGGAUCUGACCCUGCCGGACAUCCAGGAGCCCCUGAGCGAGCCGACCAAGUCCCAGGAAGCACCCCGAGAAGGAGAAGAAGAGGAGGCUGAGGAGGGGGGGCGCUCUCAGCUCCCAGGAGAGGGAGAGGACACCCCCAAAGCUGCUCCGGAACUCCCAGGGAGCCUCCUGGAUGAAAACGAGUCGCCGCUUUUUGCUCCAGCGAGAGCCCGUUGGAUCCGAGCGAUCACCAAAGUCCGGCUCCAGUUCCAGGAGGGUCUGGAUGAUGGCGAGGCCUCCAAGUCUCCAUGGUUCAAAGGAGGGCCAGUGGGCGGCCUGUACGGCAUCGACAGCAUGCCUGAUCUACGGCAGAAGAAGCCCCUUCCCCUCGUCAGUGAUCUGUCGCUGGUGCAGUCGCGGAAGGCGGGCAUCACUUCGGCCAUGGCUACCCGGACGUCCCUCAAGGACGAAGAGCUGAAAUCCCACGUGUACAAGAAGACCCUCCAAGCCUUAAUCUACCCCAUCUCCUGCACUACGCCCCAUAAGUUUGAGGUGUGGACCGCCACAACCCCCACCUACUGCUACGAGUGCGAGGGGCUCCUGUGGGGCAUCGCCCGCCAAGGGAUGCGCUGCACGGAAUGUGGGGUCAAGUGCCAUGAGAAGUGCCAAGACCUGCUCAACGCUGACUGCCUGCAGAGAGCAGCAGAGAAGUGCUCCAAGCAUGGGGCGGAGGACCGGACCCAGAACAUCAUCAUGGCCAUGAAGGACCGGAUGAAGAUCCGGGAGCGGAACAAGCCGGAGAUCUUCGACCUGAUCCGGGACGUCUUUGGCGAGAGCAAGGUGACCCACGGGCAGCAGAUCAAGGUGGUGAAGCAGAGCGUCCUGGACGGGACCUCCAAGUGGUCGGCCAAAAUCACCAUCACAGUGGUCUGUGCCCAAGGCCUGCAAGCCAAGGACAAGACCGGCUCCAGCGACCCCUACGUGACCGUCCAGGUGGGGAAAACGAAGAAAAGAACCAAGACCAUUUUUGGGAACCUGAAUCCCGUUUGGGAGGAAAAGUUCCACUUUGAGUGCCACAACUCCUCUGAUCGGAUCAAAGUGCGAGUCUGGGAUGAAGACGAUGACAUCAAGUCCCGGGUCAAGCAGCGGCUGAAGAGGGAGUCCGAUGACUUUUUGGGCCAGACCAUCAUUGAAGUCCGGACACUGAGUGGAGAGAUGGAUGUCUGGUACAACCUGGAAAAGAGGACAGACAAAUCUGCUGUUUCGGGUGCCAUUCGGCUGCAGAUCAGCGUGGAGAUCAAAGGUGAAGAGAAGGUGGCUCCUUAUCACGUCCAGUAUACCUGCCUUCACGAGAACCUCUUCCACUACCUGACGGACGUCCAAGGAAACAGCGUGGUGAAGAUCCCCGAGGCCAAAGGAGACGACGCCUGGAAGGUCUACUUUGAGGAGAUCGGCCAGGAGAUUGUGGAUGAGUUUGCCAUGCGCUACGGGAUCGAGUCCAUCUACCAAGCCAUGACGCAUUUUGCGUGUCUUUCGUCCAAAUACAUGUGUCCCGGAGUGCCGGCCGUGAUGAGCACCUUGCUGGCCAACAUCAAUGCUUACUAUGCUCACACCACGGCCUCCACCCAGGUCUCCGCCUCUGAUCGCUUCUCGGCCUCAAACUUUGGGAAAGAGCGAUUUGUGAAACUUCUGGACCAGCUGCACAAUUCUCUCCGGAUUGACCUGUCCAUGUACAGGAACAACUUCCCCGCCAGCAGCCGGGAGCGUCUGCAGGACCUCAAGUCUACCGUGGACCUGCUGACCAGCAUCACCUUCUUCCGAAUGAAGGUCCAGGAACUGCAGAGCCCUCCUCGGGCCAGUCAGGUGGUCAAGGGCUGCGUCAGGGCCUGCCUCAACUCCACCUACGAGUACAUCUUCAACAACUGCCACGAGUUGUACAGCCGGGAGUAUCAGGCGGACCCAAACAAAGCGCAGGAGCUGCCCCCUGAGGAACAGGGUCCCAGCGUCAAGAACCUGGACUUCUGGCCCAAACUCAUCACUCUCAUCGUCUCCAUCGUGGAAGAGGACAAGAACUCUUACGCCCCCGUCCUCAACCAGUUUCCCCAAGAACUGGCAGUGGGCAAGAUAAGCGCGGAAGUCAUGUGGAAUCUCUUUGCUCAGGACAUGAAAUACGCCAUGGAAGAGCAUGAGAAGCACCGGCUGUGCAGGAGUGCCGACUACAUGAACCUGCACUUCAAGGUGAAGUGGCUUUACAACGAGUACCUCUGCAGCCUGCCGGCCUUCCAGGGCACCGUGCCCGAGUACCCAGCGUGGUUCGAGCCCUUCGUGAUGCAGUGGCUGGACGAGAACGAAGACGUCUCGCUGGAAUUUUUGCACGGAGCUCUGGAGCGAGACAAGAAGGACGGGUUCCAGCAGACGUCUGAGCACGCCCUCUUCUCCUGCUCGGUGGUCGAUAUCUUCACCCAGCUCAAUCAAAGUUUUGAGAUCAUCAAGAAGCUGGAAUGCCCCGAUCCGACCAUUCUGGCUCGCUACAUGCGGCGUUUUUCCAAGACCAUUGGGAAGGUGCUGGUGCAAUAUGCAGACAUUAUCUCCAAGAACUUCCAGAGCUUCUGCUCCAAGGAGAAGGUGCCCUGCAUCCUGAUGAACAACGUCCAGCAGCUGAGGGUGCAGCUAGAGAAGAUGUUUGAGGCCAUGGGGGCCAAAGAGCUGGACCCCGAGGCCAGCGACUCCCUGAAGGAGCUGCAGGUGAAGCUGAACAACGUCCUGGAUGAGCUCAGCACCACCUUUGGAGACAGUUUCCAGCCCCGCAUUGAGGAGUGUGUGAAGCAGAUGUCGGAGAUCCUGUGCCAGGUAAAAGGGGCCGGGAACAGCGGCCCCAACACCGCAGCCCAAGACGCAGACAACGUCCUGAGGCCUCUGAUGGACUUCCUGGACGGAAACCUGACCCUCUUUGCCGACGUCUGUGAGAAGACGGUGCUGAAGCGGCUGCUGAAGGAUCUCUGGCGGGUUGUGAUGGACACCCUAGAGAGGCUGAUUGUGUUGCCCCCCCUCACGGAUCACACGGGGACCCAGCUGAUUUUCAGUGCUGCUAAAGAACUGGGCCAUUUAUCCAAGCUGAAGGAUCACAUGGUCCGGGAGGAAACACGGAACCUCACCCCCAAGCAGUGCGACGUGCUGGAACUGGCGCUGGACACCAUUAAACAAUACUUCCAUGCCGGGGGAAAUGGGCUGAAGAAGGCCUUCCUGGAGAAGAGCUCGGAGCUGCAGUCGCUGCGCUACGCCCUGUCCCUCUACACCCAGACUACCGACACCCUCAUCAAGACCUUCGUCCAGACACAGACGGCACAAGGCUCCGGAGCGGAAGGCCCCGUGGGCGAAGUCUCCAUCCAGGUGGACCUCUACACGCACCCAGGCAGCGGGGAGCACAAGGUCACCUUGAAAGUGGUAGCUGCCAAUGAUCUGAAGUGGCAAACUAGCGGCAUGUUUCGCCCCUUCGUGGAGGUCACCAUGAUUGGGCCACACCAAAGCGACAAGAAGCGGAAAUUCACCACCAAGUCCAAGAGCAACAACUGGGCUCCCAAGUACAACGAGACAUUCCACUUCGUCCUGGGCAAUGAGGAUGGGCCGGAUGCCUAUGAGCUGCAGGUGUGCUUGAAGGACUACUGCUUUGCCCGUGAGGACCGGGUGCUGGGCAUUGCUGUGCUGCAGCUGCGGGAGGUGGUAGAGAAGGGCAGCUGUGCCUGCGGGUGCCCCCUGGGCCGGAGGAUCCACAUGGAUGAAACAGGGAUGACCAUUCUGAGGAUCCUCUCGCAAAGGACCAACGACGAGGUGGCCAAGGAAUUUGUCAAGCUCAAGUCCGAGUCCCGCUCCCCGGAAGAAGGGAGAUGAUCCCGGUCUCCGUCUCGGACUGCUUGGGCCAGACGCACACACAGCAGCAUCAGCGGCGGCACCCGGGAGGAGCAUGGGGGGGCCCUGUGAACCCUCCUUGCCAAGGGAGCCUCUGGGAUGGAUCGGGCUGGGGGGUGGGGGGAAGACCCCUUCCUGCUUCCGCAGCUGUAUGCAAGGAGUGGGGGCAACGUGCGCCCACCAGGGAGAGGGGCAGGCGACCAAAGACCUGGCCCACAUUCCCUCCACUCGGGCAAGCCACAGGCAGGCAGGGAAGGGGCUCGUGAGCCAGCUGAGCCUUGACCGGGCAAUGACGAGCGUCUGGGAAGGGCUCUUGCCUGGAGAGGCCGGUGGAUGGAGCCCUGGCAGGCCGUUGGCCCUCGUUCUCUGCCGAGAGCUGCUUGGCCCCAGUCGCCGUGGGGCACGAGUUAGGGGGCGUUGCCUGGUGCGAGCUCUGCUGUCCUCUGGUGCGAGAGGAGGGGGCUUCCCUUUUCCUCUUGACCUUGUACAGCUUCUCGGUCUUUCUCAGAACGCUUCUAGAUGCUGCUUAGCUGUUGUUGGUGCGCGUGAUACAAAAAUGCUGUUUUACCCUCCCUUGAAUGUGCCACCGUUGCAGGAAGUGUAGCCUUUAAUAAAGGACUGUUAGCGGUA